UCUGUUCCUGUUGUGUUCGGUUGCACUUGGUCAGUACUGUCGGUAGCCUUCAGCUUGCAUUUCACUUCAGACUGCACAGGUCAUACUGGAGCCUCAAGUACUUCAAGUACAACAACAUGUCAGGAGUCAGGGAAAUCGAUGAGGGAUUCUACUCCAGGCAGCUGUAUGUUCUGGGUCAUGAAGCCAUGCAGAAGAUGGCCACAACCAACGUCCUCAUAGCAGGCAUGAGGGGACUGGGAGUGGAAGUGGCCAAAAACGUGAUUCUGGCCGGAGUGAAGUCUGUCACUGUCCAGGACGAGGGAGACACCGAGUGGACAGACCUGUCCUCCCAGUUCUUCCUGAGGGAGUCCGAUCUUGGUCAGAACCGAGCCACGUGUUCCCUCAAACAGCUUUCAGCCCUAAACCCCCAAGUGCACGUGUCAGCCCACACUGCACCGCUGGAUGAGGAGCUGCUUCUACAGUUUCAGGUGGUGGUCCUCACUGACUCCUCACUGGAUGCUCAGAAACGCCUUGGCGAGCUCUGCCAUUCCAGUGGAGUAAAGUUCAUCGUGGUAGACACCAAAGGACUGUGUGGGCAGCUAUUCUGUGACUUCGGGGAGGAGUUUGAGGUCUUGGACCAGAAUGGAGCGAUGCCUGAAUCCGCAAUGAUACAGAGCGUCUCCAAGAAUAAUCCUGGAGUGGUCUGCACAGAUGAAAAACACAAAUUUGAAACUGGCACUAAAGUUUAUUUCUCAGAAGUCCAAGGCAUGACGGAGCUCAACAGCAACCGCCCAGUGGAGAUCACAGUCCAAGGGUCUGACUCCUUCAGCAUUGGUGACACUUCAGCCUUUUCUGAAUAUGAACGGGGUGGAGUAGUGACUGAGAUUAAACAGCACUGCAUGUUACAUUUUAAACCACUGAGUGAGGCUCUCUUGGAUUUUAAACUCCUGAACAUAAAUGACUACGGAAAAGUCGACAGGCAUAAUACCCUGCACUUGGCUUUCCAAGCUCUCCACAGCUUCGUGAAGAAAGAAAAAUGUCUGCCUCGUACUCGGUCUCAGUCAGAUGCAGAUGUCCUGGUUGCCAUGGUGAGAGAGCUGAACGAAGUGGCACAGCUGGAACAGCUGGAUGAAGCUGCUGUGCGAAACCUGUCCUACACAGCCCGGGGUGACCUGGCCCCUCUCAGCGCUUUCAUUGGAGGCCUCGCUGCACAGGAAGUCAUUAAGGCAUGUAGCGGGAAAUUCAUGCCUCUUCAGCAGUGGCUAUAUUUUGAUGCACUGGAGUGCCUCCCUCAAGAGGAGAGUCAACCGGCAGAGAGCUUCUUUUCCGCAAAAGGCACACGGUACGAUGGGCAGAUUGCUGUGUUUGGGUCGGCGUACCAGGAGAAGCUUGAGAGGCAGAAGUAUUUCCUGGUCGGAGCUGGUGCUAUUGGCUGUGAGCUCCUCAAAAACUUUGCCCUCAUGGGGCUCGGCGCAGGAGAAAAAGGCCAAAUCACCGUAACGGACAUGGACUUCAUAGAAAGAUCCAACUUGAAUCGCCAGUUCCUGUUCAGGUCCGAGGAUAUUGGGAAACCAAAAUCGGAGGUUGCAGCCAAGGCAGUGCGAGAGAUAAACCCGCGGAUGAGAAUCACAGCUCAUCAGAAUCGCCUGGACGCUGACAGUGAAGAGGUCUAUGGGUACGACUUCUUCAUGGGUCUCAACGGAGUGGCUGCAGCCCUCGAUAACUGGGAAGCCAGGGUCUAUCUUGACGGACGCUGCGUUCAACAUCAGAAGCCGUUACUGGAGGGAGGAACUCAGGGAAGCGCAGGUAAUACUCAGGUGGUGGUGCCUCACCUGACAAAGUCUUUUGGACCUGCCGAGUCCAGUUCUGAUGGUGCCAUCCCACUCUGCACGCUCAAGAACUUCCCUCACCGCAUCGAGCACACUCUUCAGUGGGCCAGGGACCAGUUUGAAGGAUUGUUCAAGCAAACACCUGGAAAUGUGAAUCUCUUCCUGAGUGAUCCGGGCUUUGUAGAGCGGACUCUUGGCCAUGGAGACGCUGAGGCCUUGGAGGUUCUUGGGGGGGUGUGGUGCAGCCUGGAGGACAUGAGAACUGGAGGAAAGCGUCCAACAAACUGGGAGGACUGUGUGAGCUGGGCACGUUGCAGAUGGGAGACUCUGUAUAACAACGACAUCAAACAGCUCCUGCACUGUUUUCCUGCCGAACAGAUGACCAGUACUGGACUCCCCUUCUGGUCUGGUUCGAAGAGAUGCCCUCAUCCGCUGACCUUUGACCCGAGCAACGAGACACAUAUGGAGUAUGUGAAGGCAGCAGCAAAUCUCUAUGGACACAUCUAUGGGAUCCAAGGGACAAGAGAUGGAGCCUCUAUCAGAACAAUCUUAGAAAUUGUCCCGGUCCCAUCUUUCACUCCCAGCUCCUCCGUAAAGAUUCAUCUCACUGACACUGAGAUGCAGGAGAGCAGGGAAAAUGAAAGUGAUGACGCAGAAAAAGCUCGACUUGAUGAGUUGAAAGGAAAGUUGGCCUCACCAUCUCUGAAAAGAUCUGCCUCGCGAAUGACCCUCAUCGACUUUGAGAAGGAUGACGACAGUAACUUCCACAUGGACUACAUCGUGGCAGCUUCUAAUCUGAGGGCCGAGAACUACGACAUCCCCCCCGCAGAUCGCCUCCAGAGUAAGCGCAUCGCUGGACGGAUCAUCCCGGCCAUAGCCACCACGACAGCGGCAGUGGCAGGCCUGAUGUGCCUGGAGCUGUAUAAAGUGGUGCUGGGUCACCAGGACAUCAAGUUUUACCGAUCAGCUUUCAUCAACCUGGCUAUCCAGAGGAUUGUUAUGUGCCAGCCGAACAAGCCCCGGAAAUUCCAGGUCGCAGGAGAGCCGUACACCCUGUGGGAUGGCUUCCUGGUUGAGGGCAGAGGAGGCAAUCAGCCGGAAAUGACCUUGGAUGAUCUGAUCCAGUAUAUCAAGGUCAAAUACAGCUUGACCAUCUGCUGCCUCUUCUACGGAAAAGCUCUCUUAUACAGUGGGCAAGAGGAGAGGCUUCAGCUGAGUGUGUCUGACGUGGUGAGGAAGGUGACUAAAGCAGACGUCCCUCCACACGUGCAGAUGCUGGAGUUGGUCCCCUCGUUUGCUGAGGACGAGGACUGUGAGGAAGUCCCUCCCAUCAGGUACCUGCUCCUGUGAGGCCGUCCACAACGAGGAUCCACGAGGAUCCAGUGGAAAGCAGACUUAACACUCCUGUGACUUCAUAUCACUUAAAAACGAGAUUUGUUGCCAUUGCUGUCGUCUUCCUAUUCAUUUUACGCAAUACUCCUCAAACAAGCUUUGAAUAAUUGCACUGUGAUCACUUUUACUGUUCCGAAACUUUGAUUAUGAGAUGUGAAUAAUUACACACUCCAAUCCGUUGUUAUCUUUUUAAUCAAAUUCCCACUGUCAAAUCUGUAGAGGUUAAUGCCCAGUUCCUCAUUUUAGGCUUUUCUGUCCCAUUUACUAUUUGCUAAAAGAGGAACCACUGCCAUCGCUGACGUCCUUAGCGAUAUUAACAGAAAGUCUUGUUUACUAAGGCUUGGUUUUCGUUUACAUGUGUCUUUGGAGAAGUCACGCUAAGAGCUUGUGGAGAUGCCAAGGCAUAUGGAUUAGAUGAUCAGAUGAUCUGGCACUGGUGGAGCAGUGCUGGACCCCUUCUGAGGUGUAAUUCAGGUCAGGCGGAGCUUGAUGUUAGAGGACCGGGCAGCUGGCACAGUAGGUUCAGUGCUUCGAUGGUUCACGGGCCUUUUGCCAUCUGGACACAGCUGCCCUGUUUAAAUCCUCCUGCAAACAACACGUGUACACAUCCCCUGCCUCGCUCCCUCCCUCCAUUAAGAAACCCUGACCUGCUCAGAUACUGUGCUCAUCUUCAAGGAUCCUUUUUCCAUCCUCACGUGUUUUUUUUCCAUGUCCCAUAACACAGUUUGUUUCACUUCACACCCACAAAACAUUGUGUUGUUGUGUUUUAUUUCCUCUGCUGUCUCAGUUGGCUGUUUUGAAAUCAUGUCAUUAAGGACCGUUGCUGUAAUUAUCACUGGAUGGAUGGUUCUGGAUGCUAUUUGUGAUUAAAUUAUUUAAGAACCACUAAGAAAUAAACGUGUGGAACCGUG